CGUGACGCGUGUGUUAUUUUUAUUUCGUUUAUGUACGAAACAAAAAAUGUGAAUUAAGAUGCGCCGAAUUGAUCGAAUUUUGUUGAAUGCCUUGGAACAUAAGGUUACCGAUAAAUCUGAGUUACCAGAUGAUGGAAAUAUAUCUGGGGCUCCGUCAGAACUUGAAGCUGAUUCGUCCAAAGACAUAAAUUGCCAAGAUGACGAAUUUCAAGAUGUAAGUAAUCCUUUGUGCCCUUCAAUGAGUCUGGCGGUAAUUAAAGCUAAUGAAAUUGUGGGAUCAGGUGUUGAAUCUCCAGCUGCCCUAGUAUAUUCUCCGCUUACUGCUCUUACUACACGGAAAGAAGCUGAAAACAAUAAUUCACCAAUGCCGCCAAUGUCACCGAGUACAUUAGAGCUGUUGGAAACCCUAUACGAAGAUUUCUUUACAGUUAGGCAUGAGUAUGAUGAGUUCGCAAAAAGACGCCAAAGUAAUGGAAUUAGUAAAUGACCUUAAAGAAGACUAAGACUAUGACGACGAUACAGACUCUGAUUAUGUACCUGACAGUGGAGCAGAAACUGAUGCAUCGCACUCAUAUGUAAAGCAAAAAAAAGGUAUCGCAAUCCCCGAGAGUGACAGGUCGGAGAAUGAAACUAUAACAGAGGGUUUCUUUGAAAAUCAUGUUGCUAUAGUACACGAUAAUCCAACUAGAUCUGACAGAACCACACAAAUAAUACACAAUGAAAACCCACCCAUUGUUACAAAUGCUGUUCAUAACGACAUAACGGUUGGUGAAAUAAUUAAAACGUGUCAAAGUUCUGAUCCUCAAGCUUUUCACCCCGAAGCUGAAGCUGCUUAUCCCGUUACUGUUGUUGUUGUGUAUGUUACAAGAAGUAGGCUCGUGCCUUAUUAAUUUUAUUAAGAAUGAUCUGAGGGAUGGCGUGGAGAAUUUAGUUUUAUGUAGCGAUUGUUGCGGGGGACAAAAUAGGAAUAUCAAAAUAGUUUUUAAUUUAAUACCUCAAUACUGUCACGAGUUAUAUAAUACCCUUAAGGGAAGUAGCUCUAUCAACGAAGAUGUUGAUGGAUACGGGCCAACUCUUGAUUUUAACUUAGAUGAUGACAGAAAUUGAUAUACACGCUGAUUAUUUUGCUGUUCUUUCUAUAUUUUAUUCAUAUUUAUGGCGUUUAUACCUGAUUCCGUUAGUUUUAUGAUUGAGGUCAAUAAAUAUGUAACUUCUUGACAAAAACACUUGUUUUUUUUGUUUUAUAACUUAUUUUCUAGUCGAUGGUUAGU